GUACAUAUAUGUAUAUUAAAGUCCAGUUCAAGUUGUAGACGUUCCUUUGACAAUUAUUUAUUGAAGUUUGUAGUUACACGAUGACAAAAUAAAAUAUAUAACCAGUGAAUGAAAUUGAUAAGCUUAUCUUUUCGGAAGCGCAGCAACAAUAAACUAUCAAAAUCUAUUGAAGUUCUGGCCAUUGAAAUAGAAAUUUUUUUUGACUGCGUGGCUACAAGUUGUGGGCGUGUUUUUUGGGUACAUCAUGUACAAGUACUUAUCGGUCCUACUGCUAGCCGCAGUAGUGGUUGGAGCUGCUAAGCCAGAAGAUAGUGAAUCGUGUUACUCCUUCGGCGGAGGAAAUGUAUAUCCCGAUCAGCCGAAGGGCGAUCAUCAGUUACAAUACACCAAGGCAGUCAUUUCCAAGCCAGCCCCUCAGUUCGAGGGAACCGCUGUGGUCAAUAAGGAAAUUGUGAAGCUAUCGCUGUCCCAGUAUCUGGGAAAAUAUGUAGUGCUGCUUUUCUAUCCACUUGAUUUCACCUUUGUCUGCCCAACGGAGAUCAUAGCCUUCUCCGAUCGCAUCGCCGAGUUCAAGAAGAUCAAGACGGAGGUGAUCGGCGUCAGCGUGGACUCCCACUUCACCCAUUUGGCCUGGAUCAACACGCCACGCAAGGAGGGCGGUCUGGGCAACGUUAAGAUCCCCCUGCUCUCCGAUCUGACGCACAAGAUCAGCAAGGACUACGGUGUCUAUCUGGAGUCCAGCGGCCAUGCCCUGCGCGGACUCUUCAUCAUCGAUCAAGCCGGAGUGUUGCGACAGAUCACCAUGAACGAUCUGCCCGUUGGACGAUCCGUGGAUGAGACAAUUCGCCUGGUGCAGGCCUUCCAGUACACGGACACACAUGGAGAGGUGUGCCCAGCGGGUUGGCGGCCAGGUGCCGAUACGAUUGUUCCCAAUCCGGAGGAGAAAACCAAGUACUUUGCCAAGAAUAACUAAGGAUAGAUGCACCUCGUCCCUGUUGAUCAACCAAGCCCAGUUGCAUUCCAGAUGUUCACGACUGAAUCACGACUGAAUCCUCUGUACAAAAGUCCGCAAGCCACCGAAAGCAAAUGGUUCGCAUUUGUUUUGUAUAAAAUAUAGUUUGUUUAUUUUACAGCAUAACUGAGAGAUAAAUAAAUUGAUGAAGUACAUGUUUAA